CCAGCCCUUUUAACAAGAGAACAGUAUGAAAAGCAUUUACUCAGUGAUCGGACUGCUGCUUCUACUGCUAAUACAAGGAUGCUGGCAAAAACCUAGUCAAGAUGCAGAAAAGGAAAGCAGGUUACUCAGUACUUCAGAGAUGGAAGCAGUAGAUGAAUCUAGAGAACACACAGAAGCUAAGCGUCAUUCACAAGGCACAUUCAUGAGUGAUUAUGCUAAAUUACUAGAAGCCAAACAUGCGCUAGACCUUGUCCAGCGGCUAAUGAGCACAAAGCGAACUGGUAAUGACAUAUCAAAACGUCACAAUGAAAUUGAAAGGCAUGCCGAGGGAACAUAUACCAGUGAUAUCAGCUCUUACCUGGAAGGACAGGCUGUAAAUGAAUUUAUCAGAUGGUUAAUGAAGGGACGAGGGCGAAGAGAUUUUUCAGAAACUGAUAUUGAAGAAAUGGACAGAAGACAUGCUGAUGGAACAGUGACUAGCGAUAUCAACAGUGUGUUAGAAAGCAUUGCAACCAGAGAUUUCUUAAACUGGCUUAUCAAUGCCAAGAGUUCUUAAACAAGGGAUUUCAUCAGUGUGUGCACCAAAGAAGGAAUGCAUUGUUACUUAAGAUAUGUCAUCUCCCAACAUCCACUUCAAAAAAUCUUGAAAAACGUGUUUUGAAUUUAUAACCUGUGCCAUAUACAUCAGGCUAUCAUGUAUGUCAUACAAUUACUUUUAGUAUAUUGCUGCCUUGCCAAAGAAAUUAUACAAGGAAUAAAAUAUGGAUGAAUAUUAAGGUUUUAUUUUGAAAUAUGAAGUACAACCUCGUCAAAUUUACAUAUGCAUAAGCCAAAAAAAAAGACUACUCACACGCUAUCACAUUUUCUGAAACUAUUUUUCUAUUCAACUGAUUUGUAAAUUUUAUAUACCUGCAUAAAUGGGUCAGUUGAUGUCAACGUUACUAGUAACAAGUGGGUGGUAAACCAAUCAGAAACACACUGUUAUUAA